GUUUAUUCAAGUUGUUUUGGUUGGAUGAGUUAGAGGUAUAAGUGCAAUUAAUCAGAAAAAGUGGAUAUAAUCUGACGAUGAGCGGAUGGUACGCAUGCCUCUUCACCAGUUUCUUAAUUACAAUAGGAUUAGCGCAGGAAAAUACAGGAUCAAGUCUUCCGGUUUAUUCGGAAUGCGGUGGAGCAACAGCGGCUUUAGAGGGGCGGAUAACAUCUCCUGGCUAUCCAAACAACUACGAAAAUAACUUGCUCUGUCUAUGGACUGUCAAAACAUCAAGAAACAUGAGGGUUGAGGUGCAGUUUUCCUAUUUGAACAUAUCAGAAUCCUCACAGUGUUCUGAAGAUUAUAUUGGUUUAGUCUAUCAUGGGACCUCUGGAAAGGGAGGGCGAUAUAAAAUGUGCGGGUUCGGGGCAGGAAAUGCAAAACGAACCUCUGGUUAUGGACCGUUUGAAAUUGUGUUAAAAACCAGUGUAAACAAAACGACAUCUACUGGAUUUUCUCUUACAUUCAAGGUGAUAACUCCAUGUGCCUCGGAGCCCUGUCAGAAUGGUGGAACAUGUAAUCAUUUAAGUUCUACAGAAUACCAGUGUGAAUGUCAGCCUGGCUACACCGGAACGAACUGCCAAACAGAUAUAAACGAGUGUGAAAGCAAUCCUUGUCAAAACGAGGGCACAUGUGUUGAUUUAUUAGCAAGUUAUCGAUGUGACUGCAGGACUGGAAUAUCCGGUGACCGCUGUCAGAAUAUAGACGACAAAUGUUUAUUUGAACCUUGCCAGAAUGGUGCAACUUGCGUCUCUACAAACGAUACUUAUCAAUGUAAUUGUGUUGCCGGAUACGAAGGCUUUGAUUGCGAAACAGAACGGAAUGAAUGCGUGUCAGCACCAUGUUUGAACAGCGGUACAUGUUCAGAUUUGUUAAAUGAUUACAACUGUACCUGCUUAACCUCCUUUUCUGGAAAAAAUUGUGAAAUAUACACAGAAACAACAACACAAAGCACUACACAAGCUCCAACCACUGUUGCACCAAUUGAUUUGUGCUUGGAUGGCGGAGAAUAUAGAUGUAGAAAUGGAGGAACAUGUAUAGAAGAUGCAGCUAAAAAUUUAUCUAGUUGUAUUUGUGCAGAAGGUUUUGAAGGAGUGACAUGCCAAACUAAUUCCACGGACUUCUCGUCAUUAAUGAAAGCAUUGGUUGGAGCAUCCGUCGGUGCAAUAUUUUUUUUGUUGAUGAUCAUGUUUGCCGUCUGUCAUGUGAUGAUGACCGAACGAUACAGGAAUUCUUAUCCAUAUCCGAAACAAGAUCACCAAAGAGCCCCACGAAAAAAUCUCUCCCACACAUCAUCAACUGGUUCGCAAACUUACGAUGAAAAUUCUGAUAUUAAUAAAUCGAAACCAACCAACGACAUGCAACUUCAAAAUAUUGAUCCUCGAGAUGCCCUUGUAUCAGAUAUCAUGAGCGGAGUAAGGGAACUAUCCGGCAAUGGUCCACAGCCAGAUGUUGAACUGACAGUUUAUCCUCCGGGACUCAUUGAACAAAGUCACCCAGCGCCUCCAGUCCUCGCUGUACCUCAACGAUCUUCUCGUCUAUCAACAAAUGUGCCAAAUUUGCAAAAAAAUGGUGGGCUUCAAGAUGCGACACCAGCAUAUCCUCUGCCAAAUGCUGGAUUGCCAAUAGAAAAUGAGCAACCAAGUUUUGCGCCAUUUGUAAAUAAGGCAGAAGAAGCACCAUUUAAACUUCGUAGAAAUGAAACGGGAAUCACACCGCGUUCAAGCAGGAUCAGUCAGCUGCCAUUACAAACUUCACAUCUAGCAACUCUUUUUGAAAUCCCGGAGAAGAUGCCCCAACCGAACAGAGCGAGUGAUUUGCCGAUGAAACCAAGAAAUUCAAAUGCUGCCAAACCUCUAGAAAACCGUCCGCGCAGGAAAAGAAUAUCAAAUCCCGGGAAACGCUCCGACGAUCUGGAAGAGUUUCCGCCCCAUCGUAAUUCAAAGGAUAUAAUGAACAACUUCGGGAAACAAACGAACAAUUGCGUCAAAAAUAGAAUUUCUUUAGAUCCUAGCGCGCUUCAAAGAGACACAAAAAGCAACAGACGACAUCCAGAAGAGGAAAUUUUUCGAUUUAGCACUGGUGGCAUGAAAGAUGUAUCGUUUGGUUUUUAAUAACAGCUAUGUAAGAUUCAUAGUAUACAUAAAUGAAUCGUAUAUGCUACAUAUCUACUAUAUUUUUUUUUUUAACUUUUACACAGUUCCACAGCUUCAGUUGUUUGCAGGU